CGGCAGUUUGCGGCUGCCUGGGAGGCUGAGCGGCGCCCGCUGCACCUGCUUAUCAACAAUGCGGGCGUCUUCACGAUUGGAGCUCCCCGCGCCGAAACCGCGGACGGUUUCGAGCUCCAUAUGGGUUCCAACCACCUCGGCCACUUCCUGCUCACCCUCUCGCUGCUGCCCGCGCUCAGGCGGGGUGCGGAGCAGCUAGCAGCUGCGGCUGCUGCAGGUGCUGCUUCCGCGCCUGCCUCGUGUCGCUGCCGAGUGGUGACGGUGUCCAGUUCCUUCCACAGCCUGGCUCGCGGGGGCAUUUCCCUGACUGACCCGCACCUGCGGCGGCCUGGGGCCUACAAUGCGGACCUAGCCUACGCGCAAAGCAAGCUGGCGAAUAUCCUCUUCACUCGCGAGCUGCGGCGCCGCCUCGCCGCCUCCGACCCGCACCUCGCUCCCGGUGUGCUGGCGCUGCACCCAGGGCUGGUGUGCACGGGGGUGGCUCGCGACCUGCCAGCGCUCAUGCGGGCGGCCUACUACGCCAUCAUGGGCCGCAUACUGCUCAACUGCAUGCAGGGCGCCCGCGCCAGCAUCUAUUGCGCCACCUCUGCCUCCGCUCCCGCCGCCGCCGCCCCCACCUGCGGCUUCAUCAACUCCACCUGCCGGCCGCUGCUGCCCGCCCCCGUGGCGCAGGACGAUGCGGCGGCGCUCUGGCUGUGGCGCUGGUCCGCUGAACAGGUGGGAUUGGACCCUGCCCUCGACCUGCCGGAGCCCUAGCGGGCAGCAGCAACAACAGUAGCAGCGGGAACAAUAGCAACAAAAACACAUGUGGCGAUUAGUUUGGUCGGCUUGGUUCUGAUUGCACGCCGGGCAUGGUGUGUGGAGUGGGCAGGGGGACGGCUUGAAUGAAGCCGCAGGCCUAUGUACGCAUGUGUAUGGGAAGACACGGGGACUGGGCGUUGGGAGGCGUGUGAGGAGACGGAUUGGAGAGUCCGGGACGGCGGAUGGCAUCUGGUUGUAGAGGGCUGGGCGCCUUGCUGAGAGGACUGAUGGGUCGUUGAUGGGUCGUGUUGCCGAGAUGCUGCUGCCGGCGCUGUGGCACAGGAAGACAGGAUGCAUGUGAAAGCUUGGCUGCAUGGUGGAUAAGCGUGUAAGGGCAUUGCAGAAGAUGAGUAGUUCAUCCAGCUGAUGGGUUUGGAGGGGUGGCGGUAACAGCCCGCCCGUUCCUGAUAGGCUGGGCUUUCAGGUAAGGGACUGUUACCAAACCUCCGGCCCGGUCCAAACAUGGUCAUCAGGUAGAGGGUUAGUCCAGGUGGGAUGAAAAGUGCCCAAACGGUGCCCCUUGGGGCAUUUUUGUAUUCCUCGUGCAGCCGGCCGGUAGCAGAAAUGAGAGAACAGAAGGGGUGGGACAAACACGUAUGGUUGUCGAGAGCUC